UCACUCCCUCCCUGGUUGCUCAUUGCAGCUGCUUGCUUCUAUCUUCUCCUUUCCAUUUCAACUCCAUUCUGGCGAGCAUGGACCGGUGGCUAGGAAGAGGGAAUACUUCCUUGGUCUGUCUUCUUCUAGUUGGGUUGCUUUCUCACAAUGUGGUUACUCCAGUCGUGAGCCGAAGUCUACAGGAGUUUGCCGAGCAGAAGAACUAUUAUCCUCCAGCAACCGGAAGCACUCCCACACAUUCACACGGGACACCAAAUUGUCCGACCCCGUCCGGUGGUGGCUACGGCACCCCAACACCCUCUCAUGGAGGAAGCCAUGGCAUACCCACAGUGCCCUCUCAUGGAGGAAGCCAUGGCACUACUCCCACGGUGCCCUCUCAUGGAGGAAGCUAUGGCAGCACUCCCACAGUGCCCUCUCAGGGAUCACCAACACCCAGCGGCGGCUACUCCCCUCCGUAUUCCCCAUCCACGCCUUCCACGCCGACGACCGACCCCCACAUCCCACCGUUCUUCACCGGCACCUGCAGGUUCUGGGGUUCCCACCCUGAUGCCAUAGCCGCCAUCAUCGGCUCCUUGGGCACCAUAGGCGAUCUCUUCGGCCACGGCUGUGCCGCCAUCUUUGGCAGCAACCCCAGCUUGACCGACGCGUUGACCAACACCCGGACCGACGGGUACGGCGCUCUCAUCCGCGAGGGAACCGCCGCCUUCCUCAACUCCAUGGCCAACAGCAGGUACCCCUUCACCACCCGGCAGGUGAAGACCGCUUUCGCCGGUGCCAUCACCUCCGACGGCAUCGCCGCGACGCAGGCCGAAAUCUUCGAGCAAGCCAACGAGGGGAAGUACAAGACUUAGGAAGCGUGCUUUUAUAGCUUUCAAUUGCAUGCAUUGACGUACUCUUAUCUAAGUGUGUUCAGCUGUCGUCAAUAUUGGUGUGUACUGUGGUGGGGAUGCUGUCCUCGUUCUCGGUCUCGUUCUCGUUGCUGUCAUCUAUUAUCACUUCAACUUUAGCUACGUACGUGUAUUAUGUCGCAGUAUAUUAUCAUUUUGUAUGGUUGUCAUAUUCCACUUCUCGCAGUAUAAUUAGGCUUUGGAUCUUUCAUUUCCUA